AUGGCGCCCAAGAGGAAGCGCACGGGUGCAGUACCAGCACACACUGCAGCUGUCAACCGUCGUAAUAAUAAACCCAAACCCAUUUCGCAGUUCCUCAAUGCCUUCAGAUCAUUCAUUGUUGACUAUGAACAGCGCUUUCUCUUAGCUAUUCUUUAG